GGAUGACAAGACCUCUGUAGGGCAUGAACCCUAAGGCACGGCUUUCAUGCUCCGUGCUUCACACCGUUGGGUGGUGCAAAAGCUGGAGGAUGGUCCUUUCCUCCCUCUCAUGGAUGGCAUUGCAGAGUGGUUCCUACGGCAGUGUCCUGGCAUGCGUUUGGGUCCCAGCAGGGUGGAAGAGAACUUGCCCUCCAAGCUCCUCUCCUUUCUCCCACAGCAUUGGACGGAUGAGUUCCUCAGGUGGGACCCGGCGCGUUUUGACAACCUGACACAGAUCUCCCUCCCCAUGGAGAACAUCUGGGUGCCUGAUAUCCUCAUCAAUGAGUUUGUGGAUGUUGGAAAGUCCCCCCAUGUCCCCUACGUCUACGUUGACCACCACGGGGAGGUGCAGAACCUCAAACCCAUCCAGGUGAUGACCGCCUGCAGCCUGGACAUCUACAACUUCCCUUUCGACGUCCAGAAUUGCUCGCUCACCUUCACCAGCUGGCUGCACCACAUCCGUGACCUCAACCUCUCGCUGUGGCGGCAGCCUGAGCUGGUCAAGUUCGACCGGAGCAUCUUCAUGAACCAGGGCGAGUGGGAGCUGCUCUACAUCCUCAGCCACUUCCAGGAGUUCAGCGUCAAGAGCAGUGACAGCUACGCUGAGAUGAAGUUCUACGUAGUCAUCCGUCGACGCCCCCUCUUCUACACAGUCAGCCUGCUGCUCCCCAGCAUCUUCCUGAUGGUUAUGGACAUCGUGGGCUUCUACCUCCCUCCCAACAGUGGCGAGAGGGUCUCUUUCAAGAUCACCCUCCUGUUGGGCUACUCGGUUUUUCUCAUCAUUGUAUCCGACACGCUGCCGGCUACUGCCGUUGGCACCCCACUGAUAGGUAUGCUGGCACCGCCUGGACCAUGCUCUGAGCGUGAGCCUUUGCAGGGCUCUCAUUGCGUUGACGUCUCCACAGGCACCUACUUCGUGGUGUGCAUGGCGCUGCUCGUCAUCAGCCUGACGGAGACCAUCCUGAUCGUGCGCUUGGUGCACAAGCAAGACCUGCAGCCCCACGUCCCUGACUGGGUGAAGCGCCUGCUGCUGGAACGAGCCACUGUCCUGCUCUGCAUCCGCGACAGGAAGAAAUUCAGCCAGAGUAGGACGCAGAGCUCAGACAUCUCCAGGCAGGUGGAGAACAAUGACAGCACAGGUAAGGGACACACGGGUACCGAAGGGGACUGGGUUCCAGGUAGCUUUCUACAUCCAUAUAGCCCUGUCUGUGUGGCAACCUGGAUGCCCAGGUCACCCGCAGAAAUCCCAGCUCCCCAUUUCAAGAGGCUUUUCUCACUUGUCUCUCUUGAUCCCACAGCCAAGCUGAACAACUACAGCUGCGAGGAUCCCCGGGAGGGCGAGGUGGUGGGCAGCACGAGGUCCACACCAGGCUUUGCCGGGCAUGCUGAGGGGUCCCUGCUGAUGCAGGGCGUCCUGCGUGAGAUCACCGCCAUCCGCCAGUUCCUGGAAAAACGUGAGGAGUUCCGUGGUGCAGCCCACGAGUGGCUGCAAGUAGGCUACGUGUUGGAUGUCCUGCUCUUCCGCGCGUACCUAGUGGCCGUCCUAUCCUACAGCGUCACACUGGGCACCCUCUGGUCAGUGUGGCGGGAUGCCUGAGUGGCACACGCCUUUGGGAGCGGAGGGGUGGGGGUCUUGGGGGCCGCUGCCCUGGCUCUGAGUCUCGGCCGUGUUCGCUAUCCCAGCUCUGGGUCUCAGCAGCGGUCUCUAUCCCAGCUCUGGGUCUCAGCAGCGGUCUCUAUCCCAGCUCUGGGCCUCGGCAGCGGUCUCUAUCCCAGCUCUGGGUCUCAGCAGCGGUCUCUAUCCCAGCUCUGGGCCUU